UAGGAAGAAUGGCGUAUGGGUACACCUUUCUACCUAAAGCCAUAUACCGACCGAACGAACAAAUGGAUUAUGGAUUGAGGGUAACAAAUCGGAAAAGUGUAUACAUAUACGUUUCCUAUCACCAGACAGCGCGCUAAUCAAAUUGAGCAUUUCAACAUGAUUUAACCUCAAAUAUCGGGUAUUGGCCUACAAAGUUCGUUAAAAAUCGUCGUGACAUGAGACGCGAAUUUAGUUUGUAAUUUUUUUUUAUACGGAUAGUGGGGGGACAUCAUGUGUAUUAAGAGAUCUUGUUAAAAGAAAGGAUAUGCAAGUAAUUAAUAACAAGCAAUAAUUUCAAGAGAGAAGGAUACAGUAGAUAAGCUAGAGAGAUCUACACAUAUCACAUAUAUUACAUAGAGCGAAAGCACAUGUAACAGGCUGAUCGGAUGCGUCGGAUAAUGAAUAUUUUGAUAAUUAUGAAUUAUUGAAUUGGGCAUUUAAGAAUUUAUUUUUGGUGUAAAGUAGAACAAAUGAAGCUAAAUGAUUGAUUCAUACCUUAAGUAAUAGGAAUUCGAACCUUACUGUUUCUUUUACAUCAUUGCGGCUAAUUCAGGAUACGUUGCCUUGACGGCAGGAUUCAAAGUUCCGAGAAAUCCGAUCUGCCGCAGUUCGACAAGGAGAGCCAGGCGGUUCUCGGCUUGCGAGCUGCGGAUAAAGACACGUGCAACUAGCGGCGUUAUUUGCGAAGACACGCACUGUUCUUGGAGCGACUUGCGAAGUAGUAGAGAAGUCUCACGAAACAAUCGAAUUACAACCAUCAUCGUUAUUUUCAUACCUUGUACGAAAUAAUGAGCGUCCUUAACGAAAACAUGAAACUGAGCGACGUGUUCGACGAAUUGCUGAGCUGCCAGGACGACGUGCCGAUUUUUCGGAGAUUGAUAAGCAUUGCGCACUCGCGCUAUUCUUUGCUGGCUAACGAGAACACGAGAGAAUGGGAGCCGAUUCUAAAGCACAUUGUACAAAUAAUCAGCGGCACUUCCGAAUCUGCAAACGAGCGCGUCCUGUUGGCGAGCCACGCGUUCCACUCCUUGCUCUCAGCGCGACCUGACUCGUCGUUCCUCCUAGACGUCGUAAUACUGUUUCAGAGAUUGGAGUCGCGCGAUUUGUGUUUUCUCGAAGAGCGCUACGUCGUGUCUGACGUUGUGUUAUUCAAGUUAUUGAAUGCCCAUGGUUACCUGCAGGUGAAUCGGAAAGACAUGUAUCACGAUCACGUUCUUUCGACCAUGUUUGAUAUUAUACAUAGAAAUUGUACGAAAUACACCAGAUAUUCUUACUUCGCGUACAAAGUGUUGCAUGUUUGGUUGAAAAGGACAACGGACACGCGCUUUUGGCAUCGAAGCGACAUCGUCUUGGAGCAAAAGUUAGAGGCCGUUUUAUUUUCCAAUUGGUCCAACGCGUUCAACGACGUGCCCAAGCAGAACGCACAGCUGUUCAAUGUGUAUCUCCGGAUCAUGUCGGAGAAGUAUAAUGGAUUUCUUAAACACAUUUUCGACACGUGCGACAAGUACAUAUCCUGGCAGGACGAAACGAGGUUUACAAUACUGGCGGAAGUUCUUCGACUGUGGGACAACGUUGAAACUAUGAUGGAGAACUUGACGCAGGAUUUUUUGUAUAAUUUGUUCAAUACUUUAACAUACAAAUCGUUACGUUGCGCUGUCACGAAAGUUUAUAUGGUAAUCUUGAGGAAGCUGAGCGAGAGCGAAUGGAGAGAAGUAUUUGGGGAGACCGUGAAAACUAUAAUCGAGCACUGGGAGUCGGGAGAUUACGAGGAUUUCGACGCGCUUCAUUCGUUACUGAAAUAUUGGCUCGAUCCGACUAUUGACACGCACAAGGACACUUUCACAUUUUUAUGGGAAUUACGCACCGAAUCGCAGGACUGUUACUUCCAUUCGCAUCUACUGAUGACAGCCGCUAGAUUGAAUAUACUGUUGCCGCAAAUGUGCGAUAUCGAUCGUUACAUCAACGACAGACGAGAAAUCACACGAAUGAAUGCUUUUGCUGCACUUUGCUAUCGCGAUCGUCCGGACAAGAUCUUCGGCGACAACCAGACGAACCCGUUCAUUCAGAUUAAACGAUUCCUGUGGUUUAACGCCAAUGUCUCGAGCGUCCUUAUGCGCGAACAUAUAGUUAAAUAUUUCAAAAUAUUGUAUUCCAAUAUAUUAAGGACGAUUUAUGCGAGGGCUAAAUGCGCGAGAUCCAUUCGCGAGUUCACCAAGUGGCUGCACGAAUUCUUCAUGGAUUGUUUCGAGAUAGGUUCGUGUUAUCAGCGCAAGAUCCUCGCUCUGAAGCUGUACACGGCCUUGCUCAGUUUCACGAGAAGAGACUCGUACAAGAACUGCGAUUAUGGCGAAUAUCUUCGUAACAUUGCAACGAUUGAUAAAUAUCUGAUUGUCACCGACAACUGGAGAUUCACGAAUGAGGAGAGCCUGUCGGCACUAUUGAGACUCGUGCUGGACAGCACACUCGAUAUCCGACAGUUAGCCACCGACCUUAUCCUGAAAUAUUUCAAGAAGGAUAUUCUGCCAGAUGCGGAUAAGGUGAUCUAUGCCUGCGGGAUGCAGCGUUGCAACUCUUGCAAGUUUUACGAAGUCGAGAGCGGAGCGGCUUUCAUGAAGAUACUGGCGCAUUGGUCGUCCUCGGACAAGAUUAACGGAUUGGAAGACUCAACUGCAAUAUUCUCCGGUGACGAGUUUAACGACAUUGUCAAUUUGAAGCGCGCUUCCUUGAAUUACUCGACGGUCCUGUUGUGCCUAGCCCGUCAGCAAUUGACACUGAUGAAAAGCGACAUACUGAAAGCUGUAGCCGAGAAUCGUCCUUUCUACGGAAUGUUGACCGCUCUACUGGCGAUCACUUUCCGCGCCGGCCCGGAAAGUCGAAGUUCGUCCACAGAUCCGGAAUUCACGGGAGAAGUGCUGAAUCUUUCGAAGGACGCUGCUGACUUCUUCUUGUCCACGUUAUUCAUGAAACAAUCGAACACAGGUGUAUUUUAUUCGUCGUCAUUCGCGGAGAUGGGAUUGGCUAUCGAUGAGCAUAUUAGGAUCAGCGAAAUAGACGAUUGUAAUUAUGGUAAAUUGCAGUUAUCACCAGCACAUCAGGUCCUUAUCUCGUGCAUCUGGAUGUCCCUGAAGGUGUUGUGCGAGAUUGCUAGCGAAAUCGGGAUGCUGAUGCAGUCGGAAGAGAUGGUGAAGAGCUCCAUGGAUAUUAUCGUCAUGGUAUUGCUGAAGUGUCGGCAUAAAGGUGUAGUGGAAUCCGCUGGAGUGGCGAUCGCGAAUUUAUCCAGACGUCUAUACGAUAGGAAGGAGUACUGCGAGCUACCGCAAACGUAUCUAACGAGUUUGUUGGGGGAGGCUAUGGAGGGAGAAGAACUGUUGCACCUGACACGUCGAGGCGCAGGAUUGUCUAUUAUGUUCCACAAAUUGGUCGUCAGCGACAACCGAAGGGACCGACCUAUGGUGCAUUUUAUGGUGCAGAAGUUGUUACGCUCUCUGGAGAACUUCUCGCUGGUGGAAAUUAGAGAAGUUCAGUCCGACUCUUCAGGACUACUUCAGGACUCACCGUGGGCGAGACGUUUGUACUUUCUUUGUACAUUGGUAGCCGAUAAGGAGAUACACGCCAGCUUGAUCCCGUACAUCGAAGAGAUCUGUUUGAGGUGUUUCGAUUGCAUCGAGUCCGACGUUUGGACCGUAAGGAACGCGAGUUUGCAGUUGUACGGCGCGGUGGUGCCGAGACUGGUGGGCCAGUGCUCGGGGAACAAGAAGGACGGUUCGUUGGACUUCGCGGACGGUUACUCUCUCAACCAUUUCAUCACGCAUUACCCGAAGCUGGCGGGUCGUAUGCUGAUGCAAUUGCAAUCCGCCUCGAAGAUAACAGGAACCUCGGACGCGGCGUUGCGCUCGUACGCGAAGGUCGCGCACACGCUCGCGCUGCUGUCCAGGAUGUGGACGGGUGGUUGCGACCUCGUCGAUUAUCCGUCGUCCGCACUCAUACAGCACUUCCGGAAACCGUUGUACGAGCUCUGCGAGAAACCGAUGAUACACAUCAGACAACUGGCUGCUAAAGCGUACGUGGCGCUGACACCUUCGACGUGUCUCGGCUCGACCUUGGAUACGAUUCAGCGGAUCAUUCGUGAAAGCGACAACGACAAUCGGUCAUACGGACUGUUCCUGAUCGUUGGACAUCUGGUGGACAGGUUGAUACGCGACACUCUUGCUUCAAGUCGCCCACAUGUACCCAAAGAGACACGUACCUCCGAUUUAUACGCACAUUUUUGUCAGCGGUACAGGAACGUAUUGACAGCUUGGCGAGAUAUGUGCAAGGACGAGGGGUAUUAUAAGCAGCCAUGCUACAUGUUGGAAACGUUGUUCUUCGAGAUGAUGCAAGCCGACGGUGACAUGAACUUCUUGCCGGACGAGCACGACGAUAUUUGGGCGACAAUCGGACGCAUAACGCCGUCGCAAAAGAUCCAGCCGGGGUUCUUCCAGUUUCUCUCCCUCCGGGCGCGACACUGCGCGUUGCAUAUGAAGAACAGCAUUCCGGAAAUCGCGCGUAGUGUCUUAGAUGCGAAUUGCACCGAGCAAAGUAUCGGAUUCCUCAACGGUACGUCUCAUUCAGUUUCUUUACUUGAAUUCAUCCUGACGUACGUGACCUCAAUGAGAGACGAUCACGAUCCGUUACUUCUCGCUCACAUGGCAAGAUUGGUGCGAGGAAUAAUGAAGAAUGAUGAUUUGUUCGACGAUGAAGAGCCAAAGCUCGACAGCUUGGCAAGAAAGUUCCGCAGAAUUGCUGCGGACACCGUUGCGACGAAUCCGAAUGUGGUCUACAUGAAGAACGCGCUGAUCCUGGCGUUCUCCGACCAGGAGAUGCUGAUCAAUGAAACGUUAUCGCAUGUUCUCAGCUUGAGCACGGAUGACGAACAAUCGGUGAGGCUGGCGGCGACGGAUUACCUUGAAUUCGCGUUUCGUCGUUUCGCGCAGCUGACGGAUGACAGCAGGUUGACAUUAAUGAAAUGCUGCUUGAUCCUGCUGAAGGACGAGGUCACCGAGAUACGCGACGUCGUGUCGACGUUACUGCAGAAAUAUGCGAUUCAUCAGCGCAUCAGGUCCGAGCCACCGCGACAGCUACAGCACGCUGAGAUCGUCUACCAGCGGUUUUUAGAGGAUGUCGUCUGCCAACUGUUAACUGAUCAAUCGCUGACUGUUGAUGAUGCACUCAAUAACAAGGUUGCGAACAUUGUACUGUACUUCACACGCGGGAUCAAGAACUCGACCGAUUCUAACGUGACUAUCGAGAACCCGUUUUAUCACGACGAUGCUACUUUUUAUAAGGAGGAAUCCAAAUUCUUAAAUUUGUGCUAUUUGUAUGGAAAACUCAGGAUUAUCGAUGAAUCUCCGUGCGCUAACAAAAACAAUUGCUGCGACGUUGCACGCGCGGUAGAAGUAAGUCGCGAGUUUCGGAAGAAAAUUACUUGUAAUUAUGAUUUGAAAACGUUUUUGUGCAUCAAAGAGAUGGAUUACUUGAUACGCAAACGAGAUUUUCUACUACAAUGUCUAUUAGUAAGCCCAAUUGUUCACCUAUCUUUGAGUUGAAAUUGUGACACUAAAUUAUAUCAGUAUGACCCUUACGGAAAAAACACUCAAAUAUUGAGUAUCUAUACUCAAUUAUUCGAAUUUAUUCUUAAAUGUGAGUGUAUACAUUCAAAUGUGAAUAUAUACACUCAAAUUUAAGAGUAAAUUCGAAUAAUUGAGUUAGAUACUCAAUAUUUGAGUGUUUUUUCCGUAAGGGGAUGUCUGAAGUUUUGAGACAAUCAUAAAUUUCUUCUUUUUUUGUCUAAAUAAUCUAAACAAAUCUGUCCGAAUAAGUCUGUUAAAUAAUUCAUUCAUCAUCA